AUGGUGAGACACACACCUGGCACACAGACCAACACAACUGGUCUCUGUGCGGCGUCCGAGCGUUUCCACAGCGUUUGUGCGGAGCUGCGUGAGGCCCUGAGCAGAGAGCAGCAGGCUCAGACGCUGAUCCAGGAACAGUCUGAGCGGCUGCACGCGCUGCAGCUGCAGGUCGACACACACGACGCCCAGCAGACGGACACACAAAGCAGUCUGAGCCGCACAACGCAGGAGGUGAGCAGGAAGGAGCGCUCGCUGAGGAUUCUGGGUAAACACCUGUCGGAGGUUCAGAGGGAGAAGAAGCAGGUGGAGGAGAAGCUGCAGAGAGCAGAGCAGGAGCUGAGCCACGCCCACAGACAACAGGAGGCUGUGAUCAGCUGUGUGAAGGCUGCAGAGAAGCGCUGCACACAGGUCAGAGACGGUCUCGUCCAAUCACAGCGCUCCGUGGCGGUUCAGCCCCGCCCCCUGCUGGAGCCCCUGGAGCUGAGUGGAGCAGAGAGCAUCAUGGGAGCUGCUGAGGUGGCAGCAUGCCAGCUUUAA